CGCAGGCGCGUAGACAAAUGCGAGCACAUUCGGAGCUGGCGGCGUGUGUCAGUCAGCCCCCUCGACCCGGGCCCAUCCUUCACCCUGCACCCCUCUGCACUCUGCACCGGGGGGAGCGAGGGAAGCAGCGAGUUGCAUAAACAACCUGAAUCACUCGCUUCAACAGCAUCGUCCCAACUCCCCAGAACUGUUCAAAUACUAUGACCAGGGAGUGCUGUCCAUCACUGCAGAACAGGUUGGAGGUCGGAAGCGAAUCAAAUAUUGAAUUCAUUUUUACUGUUAUAUUCUAAACAGUGUAGAAGAAAUUAGCUGGGCGCGAUGGUUGAUAUCGACUCGUUUACAACAGCAGCAGCCAACGGGGACAUCAGCAGGGUGGAGCAAAUGUUGGAAAAUGGAAUAGACCCCAAUGGUGUCAAUAGAUAUGGCCGUACUGCUCUGCAGGUGAUGAAAAUGGGCUGUCCAGAUAUAUGCCGAGUUCUACUGAACUGGGGAGCAGAUCCAGACCGUCAGGAUGGGUACAGCAUCGCACUCAUCCACGACCUAGCCCGGGAAGGGCACCUGGAUACUCUGAAUGUCCUGGUAGAAGUUGGAAAUGCAAAUAUUAAUCUCCGAGAUGGUAACGAUAAAAGAGCCAUAUGCUUGGCGAGGGAAAAUAACCACCCCAAUGUAGUGGACUAUCUGAUUCGGCGAAACGAAGCGACUAAAGUGGGUGUCUAAAAGCUUAUAAUUUGUAUCGUCUUAAUUCGGAUUUUUAAUUGAAAUGUUCUAAUCAUGUAAAGCGUUUUAAAAACGUAAAAGUGUCAAAUAUUAAAAUUGUAAAAAAAACUAUAGUAAAUGCAAAUGUAUUUUCAACAUUAGUUUCUAAAACUAUUGUAUAAAAUAAUUAAAAUACAAA